AUGCCACACAUUAACGAGCUUUCUUCCAGUAGUCCAGCGCAGGAUGUCUCCACGGCGCGAAACGACGGCAAGGUGCAUCUCCUGCUGGCCGCCUCUGGAUCCGUAGCAACUAUAAAGAUUCCCAACAUCAUCAGAGGACUGUCGCAGCAUCCCAACCUGUCGAUCCGCCUCGUGCUCACCAGUUCAGCUGCCCAUUUUCUUCAGGGCCAGGCGGAUGAGCAGCCCAGCUUGGCAGAAAUCCGCAAGUAUCCCAAUGUCGACGCCAUUUACACUGAUGAGUCUGAGUGGGUGCAGCCAUGGACUCGGGGGGCGCCAAUCCUGCAUAUUGAGCUGAGGAAAUGGGCCGACCUAUUGGUCAUCGCACCUCUCAGUGCAAACACCCUCGCCAAGAUGGUACAGGGCAUCAGCGAUUCUCUCUUGUUAUCAAUCGUCCUCGCCUGGGACACCGACGGCUCUGUUGACGGCAGAAAGAAGAAGAUUCUCGUCGCCACAGCCAUGAACACCGCCAUGUUCCGGAGCCCCAUCACGCGGCGCAAUCUCAAGACUCUCAACGACCUCAUGGGCGGACCGGAUGGGUGGGUUGAAGAGCUCCAGACCAUCUCAAAGGGGCUUGCAUGCGGAGAUGUUGGCCAAGGCGGGAUGGCAACGUGGGAGACGAUUGUGGCGGCGACACAGAGCAAGCUUGGGUUGACGGCUGAAGGGAAUGGAGAUGAUGAAACUCCUACAAUGCCGCCGAACAGACAGGGCGCGGACCUCGUUCUCAACGUGGAGAAGCCAGACAAAUGGCAGGAUCCGCCAGAGGAAGUCAAAGCUAGAUUCUAUGAGAUCUCCAAGAACAAUCCGCAGCUCAUGGAGACAGUUAUUCAUUUGACAGAGGACGAGCAAGACGAAUGGAUUGACUUUCUUGUUCAGGCUACAUUUGAGAUGGCCAACAAGAAUUGGCGAGACUAUGACGAAGCCUACGAGGCGAGUAUUCUCAAAUGCAAGGAAACACGAGUUCUGCACGCCAAGGUCUGGUCGGAAUGGGGAGGCGCAAGAGACGUCAAAGCGAAAUUGGUAGAGAUGUACGAACUCUCUAAAGCCGGUGGUUACCUAUACGUCUUGCCCGCACCAAGCCUAGUCGCAACAGUAGUAGUCAAGGUUCUGAGGAACCUGCAGACAAGAAACAACGACGAUGAAGCCUCCAUCCGCCUAGAUAACCUCUUCCAAUUUGACUACCUUGGUUUUGCCAUCGAGAACUACAAACCCUGGUCAAAGUAUACUGCUACGGAUGUCGAAUACAAAAUCGACCCAACGGCUAGACAGCCCAAGCCAAAGGUAGAGAACCAGGCACGAAAGGACCGUCAUGAGAAGAAGAUACAGACGGAGAAUCGCUUGCUCCAAGAAUGGGCAGAACAAGAACAGCUGGACGAGGAAGCCACGGACGAGGAAGCCACGGACGAGGAAGCCACGGACGAGGAAACCAUGGAUCAAACCAAUGUUGCCAGACGAUCAUCUCAAAUAUACGACAGCCAGACGGGCGAGUCAGUGGGAGCUCAGAGCAGGCCGUCGUCCGCGGAUGACAAUAGAUCCGACGACUCUCAAAUGCCCACCAACAACCACAACCAACCGAUAUACCCGCCACGCAAGACGGUUGAAGUCAGCAUUAAGCGGGAUGAAGCUUUGGCGGCCGUCGGAAAAGAGAUUGAAUGGCUAUCGACGGCAUACAUCAACGGUCGAGAAGCCCUGAAAGGAGCCCUAAGUAAGCAACUUCAACAGGUACUGACCGAGCAAAUGGUCAUCGUGCUUCCCAAGGCACAAAAGACUCAACUAGCGUUUUGGGCAGUGCUUGAACAGCACAAUGAAAUUUUGCAAUGGAUCCGUGCGGCCAGGGAAGAUAAGACGGAGCAUACGUGGACGGAAGAAGUGGCCAACCAAGAAGAUAGGAUGGCGGCCCUUGAGGAGGCAAACCAAGAGCUUACGCAAAAUAACAGAGAACUUAUGCAAAGCAACAAGGAGCUUAUGCAAAAGAACAAAGAGCUUAAGCAGAGGAACAAGGACCUGAAGAAAAGCAGGAAUGAGUUUGCGGAAUUGGUCAAAGAGUCCAUCCAACGCAGCGAAGUCGUCGAAAAAUCCGUCAAAAGCAUGACGGCACUGACGCCUACCAUGAAGCGAAAGCUGGAUGAAGCAUUUCCUCCCAAGCCCAGCCAGUCCCAGGUCAAAAGAGAAGAGAAUGAACGGGCUUAA